UCUGCCAGCGCUCCGGCACCACCUCGGGCCGGCGGUUCUCCGCGGGAGGGAGUGAGGUGGCGGGCGGCCGGGCGGGCGGCUGACGGGGGCGGCGGGGACAGCGGCGGGGCGGCCGGCGGCCCUGCGCGCUCGGCGGCGGCGUCUGGUCUCCAUGGGGUCUGCCCGCGGCGCCCGUGCGCUCUAAGGUGGACAGCAGAUUGUGCGUUUGUCAGGACAUUUUCACUGCUGCAGCAAGGGCACGCACAUCUUUCAGUGGGACUUGGAAUUCCUAGAGAAUUGCCUUUGUGAAAAGCUGGCAUAAUUUCUUUAAAUUUCAUCUCUUAGUUUCCCUUUUUGUUGUUUCAGAAAGAUAUCAAGGAACCAUGAACAACUUUAGUAAUGAAGAGUUUGACUGCCAUUUCCUGGAUGAAGGCUUUACUGCCAAGGACAUUCUGGACCAAAAAAUUAAUGAAGUUUCUUCUUCUGACGAUAAGGAUGCCUUCUAUGUUGCGGACCUGGGAGACAUCCUGAAGAAACAUCUGAGAUGGUUUAAAGCUCUUCCUCGGGUCACCCCCUUUUAUGCAGUCAAAUGCAAUGAUAGCAGAACCAUAGUGAAGACCCUAGCUGCCAUAGGGACAGGAUUUGACUGUGCCAGCAAGACUGAAAUCCAGUUGGUGCAGAGUCUCGGGGUGCCUCCAGAGAGGAUUAUCUAUGCAAAUCCUUGUAAACAAGUGUCUCAGAUUAAAUACGCUGCCAAUAAUGGAGUCCAGAUGAUGACUUUUGAUAGUGAAGUUGAGUUGAUGAAAGUUGCCAGGGCACAUCCAAAGGCCAAGUUGGUUUUGCGGAUUGCCACUGAUGAUUCCAAAGCAGUCUGUCGCCUCAGUGUCAAAUUUGGUGCCACACUCAAAACCAGCAGGCUUCUUUUGGAACGGGCGAAAGAGCUGGAUAUUGAUGUCAUUGGUGUCAGCUUCCAUGUGGGAAGUGGUUGUACUGAUCCGGAGACCUUCGUGCAGGCCAUCUCUGAUGCCCGCUGUGUCUUUGACAUGGGAGCUGAGGUUGGUUUCAACAUGUAUCUGCUUGAUAUCGGUGGUGGCUUUCCCGGAUCUGAGGAUGUAAAGCUUAAAUUUGAAGAGAUUACCAGUGUAAUCAACCCGGCGUUGGACAAGUAUUUUCCAUCGGACUCUGGAGUUAGGAUCAUAGCUGAGCCAGGCAGAUACUAUGUUGCAUCAGCUUUCACACUAGCAGUUAAUAUCAUUGCCAAAAAACGCGUAUUAAAGGAACAGACAGGCUCUGAUGAUGAAGAUGAGUCAAGUGAACAGACGUUUAUGUAUUACGUGAACGAUGGAGUGUAUGGAUCUUUCAACUGCAUCCUCUACGAUCACGCGCACGUGAAGCCUCUUCUGCAGAAGAGACCCAAACCAGAUGAGAAGUAUUAUUCGUCCAGCAUCUGGGGACCGACCUGUGAUGGCCUGGAUCGCAUUGUUGAGCGCUGUAACUUGCCCGAGAUGCAUGUGGGCGAUUGGAUGCUCUUUGAAAACAUGGGUGCUUACACUGUCGCUGCUGCUUCUACUUUCAAUGGAUUCCAGAGACCAACCAUCUACUAUGUGAUGUCAGGGCCAACAUGGCAACUGAUGCAGCAAAUCCAGAACCACGACUUCCCCCCCGGCGUAGAGGAGCAGGACAUCGGCACCCUGCCUGUGUCCUGUGCUUGGGAGAGUGGAAUGAAACGGCACCCAGCAGCCUGUGCUUCAGCUCGUAUUAAUGUGUAGAUACCAUUCUUGUAGCUGUUAACUGCGAGUUUAGCUUGAUUUAAGGGUUUGGGGGGGACCACUUAACUUAAUUACUGCUAGUUUUGAGAUGUCUAUGUGAAUAGGGUUGGCACAGAUGCAGCAACGUGGAAGACUAGGCGAUGGGGUCACACUUAUCUGUGUUCCUAUGGAAACUAUUUGAAUAUUUGUUUUAUAUGGAUUUUUAUUCACUUUUCAAACAUGCUACUAAAGCGUGCCCCUCAGCUGCUGAGCAAGCGUUUGUAGCUUGUGCAUUGGCAGAAAGGGCCAGAAGCUCAGUGCUGUGACCUGUUUGAAGUAAAGUAUAGGCACUGGGAAAUGUCUACGGCGUGUCCAUUCCAGAUGGUUCACCUUGCGUGUGGUUUACAGGUGGGAAAUUGAUGCUUCUCCCAUAGGCUGAGAAAAUUGCCCCAGAGGACUAAGGAGUUGAAAGGUUUUCAAUAUUUUGAAGAUCCACGGAAUGCCUUUUCCCUGCCUGACAUUUUUAUUUCAAGUCCACAAGUCCUGUCGGAAGUUUGCUUUGGAUUCUCAGAAUAGUGAGUGGGUCUAGCCCCAUGUGCGGUGGAAGGAAAAGGAGGGGCGAGACAGUGGGCAGUCUCUUCUGUUAACGGCUCAGUCCACCCUGGAUGCGACUGUGAGCCUGGAGUGCCCAGGGCCCCUUGUUAACUAGCCGGCCUGCGGCGAGCAGGGCCAGUGCCCAGGCCCCCUGCACCCUGCCUCCAGAGGCUAGACACAGGCCCUCCCCGUCUUGACUUCACUAGUUGCAUAGUUACAACUAGUUGGGAAUGUAGCACAGCUUUUGGUAGUUGUUACACGUGUUGUAGAGCUUUACCUUCCGACCUUGGCCUUUUAUAUUCUCUUACUCAACUUGUACCCCCAGUCCUCAGAGGAGGUUGGCAGGCUCUCAUACUAAAUUUCCAAAAUGGGAAUUGUGAAUUCCUGCUGUAGCACAGGGAGGAGGGAGGAAAGGAAGGCCACGUAAAAGCCAGGUGUCACCUUAGUAACUGCCACUGGUCUGUACCAGACACUGCAGACGGCACUGAGUGUCUCACCAGCUUCGUUAGAGGGACACAGGGAGACAGCAUGUGGUACAGAUGGGAAUGCUGCAGCUUCUUGCAUCUCAGGGACUACAUUAAGCGCUUCUGCUGAUGCUGUUGGUACCUUUACCAAGGAGUUGAGGGGAGUGACUUGCGUUUCUAAAAAGCCACCUUCCCCCGAGACCUGAGUUCCACCUGGACACAGCACAUUGCUGUGAUCGCUGACGUCACAUCUCGGCUGGUUAGCCAGACCCCUGAAUAAGACUUCUUAGGAGCCACAGAGAAAAUAGGUCUGACUGGAGUCUGGGCAGAAUAGAGGAAAGAACACAAGUGGACUGUCUGUCCAACUUCCUGUGAGCACAUCCUUUUCUGGGUCCUCAGUCUGCCCGCUGCUAAUGUUCAAAAUAAAGGAAUUGGUGUUCUGUAUGGA